GGUAGCGGCUACAGUAUGCGCCUGGCGAUUAUUGUCAUCAGUCUUAGCGUAUCCCUUUAAGAAAAAGAAAAAGCCUUUGAUUUGUAACAGCCGGGCUUAAGACCGUUCUAUUAUUAUUGUCAGAGGAUGUCAAUACGCUCUAAACUUAAUGCAGCGGAAAAUUCGAGGGCAGAAAACGGGCAAAAUGUUGUGCUUCAACAAAAAGUUACGAUUAACGUGCGCGGCGAGAUGUUCGAAACAUUUGAACACACUUUGUCUCGCUUUCCGAGGACCUUGCUGGGGUCUCAAACUAAAAGGAACCGAUUUUACAAUCCGAUUCGGCGAGAAUAUUAUUUUGAUAGAGAUAAGGCAGUUUUUAACUCGAUACUUUUUUAUUAUCAGUCAAAUGGAAUCCUCUCCAAGCCGGAAACUGUUUCGUAUGAGAUAUUCUCUUCGGAAUUAAAGUUCUUCCAACUCGAUGGCUUUUACGAAGAUUCCGAUGAAGAACUCGAUGCACAACUUGCUGCAGCAGCGAGACGGAAAGCGACCGAAAGUUUGCCGUGCUUGCGAAAGUUCAAUAGGACAAGAAGAAACGUGUGGCGUUUUUUCGAUCAACCAAUUACUCCGGCGGAGAGAACGUACACAAAGUUUUCGUUGAUACUGACCGUUCUAUCGCUGGUUUCUUUGUGUCUAGAGUCACUGCCAGAAUUACCGAAGAAACCGGACCAGCUUCACAAUCAGGAAGGGAAUUCAACAAUGGAAGCUGUGGAUUAUGAUAUUGUUUGGUCAUCUGUUGAGGUGGUCUUUACUAUAUGGUUUACCGUGGAGUUGAUUCUCCGUUCAUUGUGCGCACCAAAGAUCGCGCAAUUCGUGAUCUCCUUUAGUUUUUUAGUGGAAAUUACUGCCUUGUCACCAUUGUACGUGAAAAUAGUCGUUAAGAACGUUACGGGUCAGGAUGCAAGCCAUGUGGUACCAGAUCAGAUUUUGCGUUGUCUUCGCUUAGCGAGGCUACUUAAACUGAAAAGAUAUAGCGUCAGCAUACGACUUCUGUUUGAAACAAUUGUGGACAGUCGCGAGCAUAUGAGCUUGUUCGUAUUAUGUAUAGUGUUUAACACAAUUUUUUUUUCCAGCUUCGUGUAUUUUUCCGAGGGCGAAGGGGAAAGCUCUCAAUUUACUAGUAUUCCGGCGACAUUCUGGUUCACCAUAAUAACCCUUUCAAGCGUAGGAUACGGAGACUUCGUUCCGACCUCAGCGAUAGGAAAGUUGGUGGGCACAUUUUGUUGUAUUGGAGGCACUGUAGCCAUGUUCUGUUUUACCCCUGUAUUGUUCACGGAAUUUCGCAAAUCCUGGCAGCGUUAUUAUGCGGAAAUGUUGGAAAUAAAAGCACAGAGAGGCGAAGAUGCCCGUGAAGAUGAUCAAGUACACUACAGAAGCCAAACUGUACGUCUACGAUGUCAGGAUGAAGUCUCUCAGGCGCUACUGGAAAGAGCGAAUGCCGUACAUGGAUAAGAGCGCAGAUUUUAACAGAUGUAAUUUGAUUUUCUUUAUUUAAUCCAGUUGCCGCUGGUGGCGAAUCUAUGUCUCUUUUCCUCGAGGAAAGGCGUCCAAGCGAACCACUAGAUUUUCUCCUUCGUUUACAAGACAAGUGCUUUAUCGUGAUAACUCAAGAAAGUGCUCGUGGUGGUAAGGGCUUCGCUAAUCAGUUUGACCAAGCUAAUUUCUUAGAGUGUUGCGAAAUGCGAAUCUUUGGGCGACUUCGCUCUUCUUCGUGCGGUAGUUUCUCGACUUUGCAUCAGAGAAUAUCAGCAACCUUAUUUCGAAUAUUGUUUUCAAAGCCAUCUCGACUUUAAAUAAUGCAAGUACGUUUAAAAACAAAAUACUAAUUUCCAAAGCCGGAUUACUUCAUUUAUUACAUCCAAAGUACUUCCUUCCAGGUUUAAAUUAUGUCGCAGGCAGAAACAACUAAGUAUUUAACUCACAAUACAUUUACUGCUUAACGAGCUCACUUCUCUACCGUGUUAUCGUCAUCUUUCUGUUUACAUUCCCCAGACACGAGAUCGUAAGUCUGACUUAUUUUAAACUACGACUUUUUAAUGAAGGUAACCCGAAUUCAUUGCAAUUUCUCGCCGAAUUAAAUCCCAGUAAAUUCUAAAUAAAUGUCAUAUUCUGCGUGUAAACGUCCAACAAACGUUUUGCGUUACUGGUUUUGUUAGAGGCUUUGUCCUUCUUCUUUCUAAGUCCACGACUACAACAAAGAUUACAAAGCUGUGGACAACAAUAGAACUGUGAAUUUUCAAGAAAAAUACAACCCUCGGUGAAAAACAAAAACAUGCUGAACAGACUGUACAGAUAAUAAAUUACCAACAAGGGGGGCCCUGCUAUGAAAAAUUGAAAACACAA